AGUCAACCCUCGGCGACGUGAUGCACGAUGGGGGUUGUCGUUUCGUUAAAGGUAAACUAUAUGAUGACGAAACUGAGCUAAAGCGUUUCCCCGGUGACCUUCGCUGGUCGUGAUCCGCGUUAGCUCCAAACGUGCGUUGCACCGUGACAGGACUUCCGUAACUCUCUGCCUUUUGUUGUUCUAAAAACUGAGAAACAAAUGGCGUCUUCUAAAGCGGUAGCUUCAAGACCGCGGCCUGGGAGGACGGCCAGAAGAGCGAAAGAACCAUCGCCAAAGUCCACACACAACUUGGAGGGACUGCCAACAGAGACUCUGGUUAAGAUUCUGUCACAUUUGGAUGCCGCAGCACUUCUCAGCAUAAGCCACACCAAUAAGCUGCUCCAUCACCUUGCCAGUGAUAAUGCCCUCUGGAAGAAGCUAUACAUCGCUGAGGUUCGCAACGAUAAAAAGCAAAAACAUAAGAUCGUGAAUGUCCAGCUUCCGGCCAAGAAGACUGGGGAUCAUGCUGCGGGCUACUGGAAACAACUUUAUUUCAAGACAGUAGCACAGCGUGACAUGAAAAAAUGGAAAUGUCUUCUUGGACCCAUCAGCAGUCAUACCGGUCUGCCAAGCCGAACAGAGCGAGUCCUCAGAAACUUGCACAUCACCUGGGAACUGACCGUCACUGAUACGUCUGGACGUGAGAGCACAUUGGAGCUGAGCGGGUGCCAUUUCUCUGAAACUUCACUAACACUGCGCUGGUGCGGUGGAGCCUGCUUGCCCAACUUCGAACAGAUUUCCAGCCUUCAACUUCACGGCGUCAGGAGGAUUGCCCUCAGCCGCCCUGGACUAAAAAAACCCGGCUGCAGAUCCCUGAUGGCAAACUUGGACAUGCAGUCUCUAACUAGAACCCCGCAGGUCAUUGGACAAGACCAACUAGUGCAGCUGAAGUUGUUACAGCCUGGAAUCAUCGUUGGUCUUUGGAGGGACCAGGGCUCAGUAGCCUUCAUCAUGUUUACCCUCCACUUCUACAAGCUAGUGGAAAGAAGCAUUCAGGGAUCUUCUGAUUGUUCCUAUGUAGAGCCAAUCACCCAACCCCCUUUUGAUGACAUAGACCCUGAAUACGGUCUCCAUGGUUACCAACUACACAUUGUUCUCUCCAGCACCGUACGCAAACUCAUGUCUGAAAGCUUUUCCCAGCUCUUUUGUCGCAGAGCGGACAUCUGUGAUGGGCUCAUCCCGCUCACUGCCAUCAGCAGAACGGACUCCUCACAGCACACCCAGCUGUCCGGCAGCCUCACCCUGCCCUGGCAGUGCGAGGCCUUGGAAGGCGCAGUGGAGAAUUGCUGCAUCCUGUCUCUGACGCUGCUGGACGAGUUCAGGCAACCCCUCAGGUGUAUCACUACUCCCGUUUCCAUGGAACUGGAGAGGGCGGCUGUCUCUUAUGACUAUGAUGGUGCACACUAUCUCAUCCAAUAUGAGGACCCAGACAUGCAGGUGAAGAUGCAACUUGUGAAGACAAAGGAGAAGAGGCACUUUGUCAUCAGUUUAAUUGUCUAUGUGAGCGUUGGUUUUGUCAACAAGCAUUUCGGCAGAGAUUACUGAUUGAUGUGAAUCUCUGCUGUGUUUUAACGUGGUGAGUGAUUUUACGGCCGCUGCUCAUUCUGUUCAUUCUGUGGAAAACUGUAAUAUGAAGUGUAAAGUCAACCACAGGGCCUUGUUGCCCACUCAGUUAAUGCUAUAAAGUAUCCAGCACUGAAUAAAUAGUGUGACUGAA